AUGGCUGUCGCUCCUCCGAGUUACUGUUUUGUGGCCUUCCCACCACGUGCUAAGGACGGGCUGGUGGUGUUUGGGAAAAAUUCAGCUCGGCCCAGGGAUGAAGUACAGGAGGUUAUGUAUUUCUCGGCUGCUGAUCAUGAACCCGGGAGCAAGGUUGAGUGCACUUACAUUUCAAUCGACCAAGUCUCCAGGACCCAUGCCAUCGUGAUAAGCAGACCUGCUUGGCUUUGGGGGGCAGAAAUGGGAGCCAACGAGCAUGGUGUGUGCAUAGCCAAUGAAGCCAUCAAUGCCAGAGAACCAGCCGCUGAGACGGAAGCCUUAUUGGGGAUGGAUCUGGUCAGGCUUGGUUUAGAAAGAGGGACGACAGCUAAAGAAGCCUUAGAUGUCAUCGUCGCCUUGUUGGAAGAACACGGACAAGGUGGGAAUUAUUAUGAAGACGCAGACUCCUGCCACAGCUUCCAAAGCGCAUAUCUGAUCGUGGAUCGCGAGGAGGCCUGGGUGCUGGAGACCGUGGGGAAGUACUGGGCUGCCGAGCGGAUCGCAGAGGGAGUGAAGUGCAUUUGCAAUCAGCUUUCACUCACCACUAAGAUCGAUGCGGAGCACCCUGAACUCCGGAGUUAUGCUCAGAGUCAAGGCUGGUGGACGGGAGAGGACGAGUUCAAUUUUUCCAAAGUUUUUUCUUCAGCUGAAGACCAUCUAGACUGCUGUGCAGGCAAAGACAGCAUAGAAAAGAAAGAAGAAAGUAUCACUGUGCAGACUAUGAUUGACAUCUUACGGGACAAAGCCAGUGGCGUCUGUAUAGACUCCGAGACUUUCCUUACCACAGCCAGCGUAGUGUCCGUUCUGCCUCAGAACAGAAGCUUGCCAUGCAUUCACUACUUCACUGGGACCCCAGAUCCUUCCAGGUCCAUAUUCAAGCCUUUCAUCUUUGUUGAUGAUGUGAAACUUGUCCCCAAAGCACGGUCUCCUUGUUUUGGGGACAAUGACCCUGCCAAAAAGGAGCCUCGGUUCCUAGAGAAGCCAGACCGCCGGCAUGAGCUGUACAAGGCCCAUGAGUGGGCACGUGCUGUCAUCGAAAGUGACCAGGAGCAAGGUCGCCAACUGAGAAAGACCAUGCUGGAACUAGAGAAGCAAGGCCUGGAGGCCAUGGAAGAAAUCCUGACCGGCUCUGACCCCCUGGACCCCACCGAAGUGGGGGAUCUUUUCUAUGACUGUGUUGACACGGAGAUUAAGUUCUUUAAGUGAAGUAAGCUUUCCCUUUCCCCUUCUUAUUUAAAUGUUCCCACCUUACUAAAUUACCAGCAAAACAAACCACUCUCCUGUGUGAGUAAAAUGAGAAAGUUCAGAUGUGUUAAAGUCACACUCUUGUGUUCCGCCCUGAAGCUCAGCAGUGACCCCUUCUCCUACCACGUAGCUUCCCUUCUUUUGCAAUGUAACGCAUCUCCAUUUGCCUGUCGUCCGACUGUAUGACUGCUUGUGCACUUCCAGCCGCUCUCAUUGCCUCUCAGUGACAGUGGACACAUUAACCUUCUCAUGGAGGACGAGGGUUCAUCGGGCCUCGGGAGGGGGCUGCACAGCGCUUAAGUGUGCGGGAAAAGCAAAAUCUUUUGAAGUCUUAUUCUUCCUUUCAGUACUGGUUUCUUCCAGGUUGACAGAAGGCACAGGGCUCUUCUGUGUGUGCUUGAGGGAGAAGCUUCCAGGCUUCCCGUCACAUGAGUGCAUGCCUGUCAUGCAGAGUGUCCCCACAUGUGUCUGCUGAGGGACCAAACCACUGGGGAGGAACAAAGGGAGCCCUUCUGGGGUCCCAGCUCAUCCUGAUUCCCGGGAUCGUACUAGAGUCUACACCAUGCUUGUGUGCGGGGCACCCGCAGACAGCCCGUGUGUGCGGGACAGCUAGUUAGUGGAGUCAGGAGUGCCCACGGGAGAGACUCUGAGGCAGCCGCAUGGUGGCAUACCCCACAUCACCACGUGGCUCUCCCUGCCCAGCGGCGUGCCCACCCCUUGGAUGUGGCUUUGGGUGCAGUGAUUUCGGGCCCGAGGAUGACCAUCUACUUCAGGAUUAAUUCAGUGGCCCCAUGGCUUAGUUCCACCCCACAAAGCUGUGGAUUUCCCCAGCUGGCGAGGGAAAGAAAAGGAGAAACUCUUGACUGUCUAGAUUUCAGUUAAAGUAGCUGGAAUCUGAGCAGCGACAACAUUAUCUCUGCAGAGACUUGAAUUAAACUGAUUUGUUUCCAUCGUCGCGUUCACGCAGAGGAUUUGACUUACCACCAGAGCAUAGAAGAAGAGCGUGUGAGGAGGACCAGAUGGGCUCUGCACUGGGAAGACAGAGGGCAAGGAGGUGACAGAUGGUUGCAGAAGCAUUUCGCCACAGGGUAGCGAUCCAACCCCCAGCCUUCCUGCCCAGCUCGCUCUAGCCCACAAAGCCACGUAGGAUGCAGCUGGCUCUCUCUGGCCCUUCCCACUAGUCCUUACAGCUGCUCUCGGAAGGUAGCGGAAGUGGGCAAGUGCGGGGUGGGGGGACUUCGCUCUGGCCAUUGAUACUCUCAAGCGCUGUGAGAUGCUUGGGGGGCAGAGAUGAUGGAUAGAUGGGGAAGCAGGUGUAGCCACUAGUGGAAGGACAGCAGUUCCUUUACUCCGGCCUCCCCCAUGCCAGUGGGGCCCAUUCACACUUCGUUACUGGUAGGAAUUGGCAAGUGGAAAUACUGAGAGUGUUUGUACUCUUCAAAGUGACCUAGGGUUAGUGACUCUGAGCUGACCACGGUGCAUGGCAGGCUGUGUGGGCUGGAAGGGACGUGGUCUCACACACAGAUGUGGGCACAGAGGGCCACGGGUCUUAUCAGAACACAUCUUAGGCUACCAACUUCCCUUGAAGAGUGUGGGUGUCAGAGCACCACGAGCUUUUGGUCCAGCAGUUGUGUGAAUUCUGGUUGUAAAAUCGUAAACAAUGAGUGGUAGGAGGUGGGGAGGAUGUUUGGGCUGAGAGAGUUAACACAGCCGUUCAUGGUGGCUUGUGGUAGCUGAAUCUCAUCCAGGGCUUUCCCUGUCGAUGAAUGCAGGGUCUCCUCUUAGAGGGAGCGGCCACCCUCAGUGCAUCUGUUUACGGAUGCUAAGGCAGGGGAGGGUGAGGCUUGGCGGGGGAGGAAGGGUGACAGGUACCUUGCCUCUCUUAAGUCCCCCUGCUUAGUGGCUAUUUAAGAAAAGCCACCGUAAAAUUUCACCACAUGGUUUCACCUCCAGCUGUUAUAGAAACACUUUAUCAGAUCAGAGAUACCCACCGUGAUUCAGGGUUUUACCAAAAGAAGUCUAGUGAGACUGCAUUACACAGAGGCCUGCUUCCCUUAUUAUGGGCUUUGCAAAGGUCAUGGAUAACCCAUCCAGCCUAUGCCUAGCCGCUGUGAAGUGGGAAAUACAAUGGCUACUUCUGUUAGGGGACAUUUGGCCAGCAUCUCAAAGAAGGGCCAACCCAAAAUGAGAAUUGUCUUAGCUAACACUGUAUGUCACAAUUGUGAUGCUCCUGUCUUACCACCAGGGGGCGUGGCAGCCCACCAUGGCACAGCCUGGCAGAAGUUAAAUGGGGCUGGGAUGCUUCCCUCUGGCACUGAGGGGACCUGUGUACAGUCAAACCCCCAGUAAUAGCAGUGGACGAAUCUUUGUGCCUGGGGGGUUGUGGGGAAAGACAAGAAGAGAGUUAGGAGUCUACUGAUGCGCCUGGACUCACUUUUUGUGACUUUUACCUACUUAGGUUAACUGCUUAAAAUAUGUUGUUGAAUUUUGGGCGGGCUGUUGGUGAGAUGUUUCUUUUUAAAUGCUCCUAACAGACUCUGCUUUUGAAAAAUGCUUAUCACUACGUGGAUGAUUUCUUGACCAGGGAUUGCUUUUCUAAAGGCAGUGUGGGGAAAUGAAUAUUCAAGAUGAACUAUGAAAGAAAUGUUUAAAGGUCAGUGUGUAAAUAGCUUCCUGAAAUACCAUGUGUGUAUCCAUUAAGACUUGGCUGGGGGAGCUGUGCAUGCUUUGUGCAGAAAGAGGACAUGGCCACGAUGGAAUUUUUCCCCUAUUCCCAUGCCCCAUAACCAAACAUAAGCUAUUUCGUCUUGUCUAGUAGAUGGGAUUUACCAUAGAUGAAGACACCCCUUAUCCCCUUGAGGGGAAAGAGGCUACAGUAAAAGUAAAUUAGCAAAGCAGAAUAGUACUCUUAAUUCUUGGGAGGCUGGUUUGGAAUUCCAGGUAGAAUAAGGAUGUACUUGAAAUUACAGUGAUUCCUUAGUGCCCAGUAACAUAAGACACAGUGUUACCAUUAAGAAGAGUCUUUCUUACAAGUUAACAGAGCAGGUAUAUGCAUAUUAGAUAUUAGCAGUGAAGUUCCUUCACUAUUGGGUGAAUCAUUAGGUAAAAAAAAUAAUUGCCAACCAGGCAAACCACUUUGCUCCCUAACUUACAUCAUCCCGCAUUGGUACAGGUGUUACCACCCUGGCUGGCCCAGCAGGGAAACCAGGUGGGACCAAUGUGCCUGCUAGGAAACCAUGAACUGCAUUCUCAGCUAAAGAACAGUCAGGUCAUUUGUAAGGGAGGUCUUCGGCUGAGCUCUCAGCCUUAGGAAGGAAGCACAUGGAAGAAGGAGGGUGGGGAGACUCCCCCCCCCCAGAUGACUAUUCUUGUAUGGAGGGGGAGGAGUGGUGGGUCACAUGCACGUGCUAUCCCAGCACCACCCUGUGCAUCCCCGUGGCUGUGACAUUUCAUCCUGCACAGUCCCAAGUCCCAGCUCUCCUCCUAUGGCUUGUGUCAAGUGUGCUUUAUCAGACUGACUUCAAACAUUCCGAAAUGUCACAUGCAGAUUUCUCAUGGGAAUGAAUAUGUACAUGUUUGCAAUCAUGUUGUGAGAAGUUAAAUGUGUGAGCUGGAAAAUGCUAUUGGCAGGGAAUAAUAAAAAAAGAAAAAUCUUUGUGUUUCCUGCAGUGGGAACUGACCAUGUAGUCUUAACAGCCUUUUGUACAAACACCUAUGAACCAGAUAACUUCCCUAUCCAGUGCUUGCCCUUGGAAUUGUCUCUGAAUACAUCAAGCAUACAAUAAAAAAAAAAA